AUGAGCGGCAGUUGUGGAAUAGAGAACCCGUCACUCUACAAGAACAAGCGUGCAUCUAAAGGCGAAGCUUAUGAGCCGACAACCUACGAGCAUUGGGCAAAUACGAUAUCACACGCCAUAGGAAUAGUGCCUAGUGUGGUUGUGUUCUGGCACAUGGUGACAAUAGCUCACCGUGAGUUACAAUUCUACCUGAUGAUCAUAUAUGGCUUGUUCACCACGUUGCUGUUCUCGUCUUCCACAUGCUACCACGUUUGCGAGCUGAAAUUCAGACAAAAACGGGCGCAGACGCGGUUGCGGUAUUACCUUCACAUAUGUGAUCGUGCCGCUAUUUACCUCUUCAUAGCCGCAUCAUACACGCCAUGGCUAACGCUGCGACAUUGUGGCUAUCCCGGUCUGAAUCUCAAGUGGAUGAUCUGGGUGUUCGCUUUUCUUGGUAUACUAUAUCAGUACAACUUCCAUGAAAGGUUCAAAACAUUGGAAACAUUACUUUAUAUAUUUAUUGCUGGUGCUCCAUCCGUUGCUAUUUUCACUAUGAAUGACCGUACGGGCUUGGAGUGGAUGAUUGUCGGAGGUAUAGUCUAUAUUACUGGUGUGGUAUUUUUUAAAAUGGACGGAAUUAUACCAUUUGCUCAUGCGAUUUGGCAUGUCUUUGUUCUCAUUGGUGCUUCUUGCCAUACUUACGCCGUAUACUCCACUUUGCUUGGUCCGGACCCUAAUAAUCCAGUUCCCAAUUUGUCGCACGUGGAGCUGUAG